CUCUCUCUCUCUCUCUCUCUCUCUUUCCUACACACACGUACAGAGAGGGACUUGAUCGCAUUGCGGGGCUGUUGUCGCAACAGAGAGGACGCGAGGAUUUAAAGGAAUGAUGGAAGAAACAGCUGCUGCAGCCCCGGCCUCUGGCACCAGUGCUGUCCCAUCAACUCCAAGGCCUCAGCCUGGCUCUUUUACCCCUUCCCGCAGUCUCCUAGAGUGGAGAAGGAGGGUCAAGUCUGAGUAUAUGCGCCUUCGCCAGUUAAAACGCCUUAAAAAAGUAGAUGAGGUCAAGAGCUUGUUCAUGUCAAACAGGCAAAAAAUUGAGCUGCAGACUAAUCUCCUGAAUACAGAGUGGUCCAAGCUCAGGAUUCAGGCCAUCCCUGUCUCAACCUUUACUGGAUCUCUGGCAAAUAAGAAGAUGUGUACAGUGGAGUUUGGGUUCCCGGGAUUUAAUUCUCAGGCCGUUCCAAUGAAACCUCUGUCUACAGUGGCAGGAAUCCCUUUCAUGUACUCGUGGUCACCACUGCAGCACAACUUCAUGGUGGAGGAUGAAACGUUCCUACACAACAUUCCCUACAUGGGUGAUGAGGUGCUUGAACAGGAUGAGGCCUUCUUAGAGGAACUCAUUGACAACUAUGAUGGCGUUCAUGGUGACAGGGAGGGUGGGUUCAUCAGCGACGAGAUCUUUAAGGAGCUUGUGGAUGCCUUGAGCCAAUACUCUGACCAUGACGAAGAAGAAGAGGAGGACGCAGGGGUGACGGCAGCAGAGGUUACAGGGAAGAAAGAGGAAGAGAGGAUGAUGAUGAGGAGGAGCUCAGUGGAAGGCUCGGAAGAGACUAAAGCUGGAACAUUAAUCAGGAAAAAAAGAAGAGGCACCACAGAGGUGAAGGAUGUGUCCGGCAGCAAGAAGAUCCCCAACGAUAAGAUAUUUACAGCCAUCGCCUCCAUGUUUCCCUACAAGGGCACCACAGAGGAGCUGAAGGAAAAGUACAAGGAUCUACAGGAGCCACCAGGCCCAGUAAAACUCCCCCCCCUCUGCACUCCCAACUUAGAUGGGCCUUUUGCAAAAUCUGUGCAGAGGGAGCAGUCGUUGCAUUCCUUCCACACGCUCUUCUGUAGACGUUGCUUCAAAUACGACUGUUUCCUCCACCCUUUUCAUGCAACACCCAAUGUUUACAAGAGGAAGAGCAAGGAGAUCCGCAUGGAGACUGAACCGUGUGGGGAAGACUGCUUCCUGUUACAGAAAGGAGCUAAAGAGUUCGUAGAUCGGAACAUGUUACGGUCGCAGAGAUCUCGGAGGCGACGGAGGCAGCAGCGACCCGCCGGUUCCAGCGGUUCUGGACCUACUGGGUCUGCUGAGGAAGGCAAGGAGGGUGAAAGUGACCAUGAAACCACUUCCUCCUCAGGUAUUGCACUCCUCUUACUGAAAGAGGGAUUUUUUUUUCUUGUUUCAAAAAGCAGGGGAAAAAAAUCUAUAAUUGCAGCCACUUGGAAAUAAAUGUGAUAAUGUGUUUAUAGGUAGACAAUUAAAGUUGUCUGCUCUGUGGGUUUGUACAGUACAGACACAAUUUGCUUCCAGAAACCUGAUGCACUGAGUCAAUGAAUAGAUGCAUCAUUUACCGUAAACCUCCCCCCAUUUUCCUAGCUUCUGCAUGACUGUGUUGCCUGACUCGCUGCUCGAUGUCUGAAAUAUGAACAUUUGGCUGCAAAUUACAGCUUUCAAGUCACAUCCUGCUCUCUCAUCUCACAUCUUCUCCCAAUAUCAGCUGUCUGUUGCCAACCAAAAUAUACCAACCAUUAUUUUUGCAUGAAUCAGCCUCCAUACAAACCCUGCCUUCUCCUCAU